GCUACAGCGAAGCUCUACUUAACUCAUCACCGACCUCCAUUUAUACUACUUCCAUCCCCCUUGUCCUUCAGUCGUUCUGUAUCUCCCCGUUCUGCAUCUUCAUCAUACGCACAACGCACACGUCAUCCCAAUGCCUCCCCGAAAGAAAGCCAAGCUCACACCUCCAGGCGGCGGCACCACCGAGACCCCCUCCGCAAGCGCCGCCCCCGGGGAAACCCAGCCGACGACCGCAGACUACGACCCCGUCACGGACCCUUGGACAGACGAGCAGGAAACUGCGUUAUUGAAGGGACUGAUUAAGUGGAAACCUGUCGGCAUGCACAAACACUUCCGUAUGAUUGCCAUCUCAGAGUUCAUGAAAAGCCAAGGAUAUGCGCCCGCCAACGCAGAGCAUACUCGCAUUCCGGGGAUUUGGAAAAAGCUAGGGACUUUGUACAAUUUACCGGCGCUGGAUGAACGUGAAGAUUCGUUGAUCACUGAUACGUCCGAUGAUGUCGAUGGCACCAGGGAGUUGUAUUGUCCGUUUGAAUUGCCCGAGGAUGAAUACGGGGAUUUGAUGUUUGAGAGAAGAUUGGCUAUGGAGGGGUCGCCGUCGCCGGACCCCAGUGGGCCUGCGGAGUCGAGGAGGGGGAGUACGGUGGCUGAUACGGAUGAACCCCGCUCGUCUCCCGCGCCCUCACGAGGACGGAAACCUGGUCGUGGUGGUCGGCAAACGGGACGCGGCACGCGCUCGUCGCGACUGCAGGUCGAGAUCGAGACUUCUGGGAAUGGCGAAGACGAAGGGGAGUCCGGGGACGAGUCGGACGAGGGUGAUGAGGAGGUUUCCGACGCAGCUAAAGAGGAUAGCGAUGUGGACGAUGAGGCUGAUGGAGAUGCUGGAGGUUCGCCAACCACGCGGAACACACGGGCCCAGGCUUCUCGGUCAAAACAGAAAGAAAGAAAAGGCGCAGGAACAGGCACCAGAAGGGGCGGCCGGAGACGCCAGGCGUAGGGGUUGUCGUUCGGUCUCGCAUGAAUUUCGGUCUUAAUACUGCAUGAGUUGAUACCUGGAGCUAGGAGUCGGCGUUUGGGUUUACCUGUCAAUGUACCAUUACUUACUUAUACAUGUCGCGGAAGCGCCGCACUUAGCUCGAUGCCCAUAACAUCACAUCCG